GUUAUAUUAACAAUCUUGAUCUUAGAAUUUAAAUUUUAUAUUAUUACUCCGGGUUAGUGGUCGUGGUCAUAUUAUUUAACACAAAACUAUGACAGUCUGGACUUUCCCCUAUCCCACGUCUUAAGUACAAAUUCCAACAACUGUUUAAUAUGUAGCCAGAUAUUUGAAAAGAGGAUUAUUUCUUUUAUAGGAGAAGGAUUUAAAAAUGAAAGUUAAAACAUUUAUCAACACGAUUUAAAUUAAAAAAAAAAAAAGUUAUUAGUGUUAGUUGAAUUAUUACAUUAAUAACUAACUAAAAAGAUGGAAGCAGAUCGCAGAGCAGAUAACUCUGGUACUACCAUUACUAACCAGACCAGGAGAAAAAGUUCACAGAAAGAAAAAAUUCAGCAGGGCAGGAAAGCUUCAGUUAAUCGUCCAGUCAAAGAGCACACUUUCUUGACAGACGUAGCAGACGUGAGAACUAUGGAACAUGGUCUUUUGCAACUUUUGAAUGACUUUCACUCAGGAAAACUCCAAGCAUUUGGUAAUACUGCUACCUUUAACAAGAUGGACGCCAUACGAGUCCAGCAAGAGCAGCUAGCCAAGACACAUUUUGAAAUGGAUCUGAUCCCAAGGUCGGCAACUAACAGACUAAGCACAGAGGAGUCACGCAAAGAAAACAAUGAAAAAAUGGAGGAGUUGGUUGCUCAACUACACAAGUUAAGUGUUUCAGUACAAACUCUUCAGACAGAUAGGAAAAAUGAAUUUCAAGAAGAGUAAUUUAUCAUGCUUUUCCAAUUACAAGGAUUCCUUUUUAAAAAUUUAAAUGUUGUCAAUAAUCUAUUUUAAAAAUUCUGAUUAUAGAUCUGUAUUUUAUAAUAUCAUUUAGCUUUAUUUUUUUAUUUGAAUUUUAUUUGCAUGUCCUGGUUUAAAAAAUUAUAAAGUUUGUAUUUACUAAUUAAACAUUUUUAAAAAAUAAGAAUUAUCUAUCAUAUAAAAAAUGUAGAAUAAUUUAAUCAGUAGGAAGGGUAUUUAUGAAACUUCUAAUGAUAUCCUGUCAUUGGAGUGAAUGAAAUUAAAAUAUUCCAGAUCAAAGGUUGUGGGGUUUUUUUGUACUCAAAUACAUAGGCCAGCAGUUUGAUUUAUAGGUGCAUUUUAUUUAAAUAAUUUGUACAGGUUUUUAUUUUAUUUUAAUAAGGACUAAUAUAAAAAAUUAACACAAUUUAUCCAAUUUAUUUUACUUGACAUAAUCGUUGUAAAAAUAUUUAUUAGUAAAUAUUUCUAGUCUUUCUUUCUCUGCUACUGUCUCUUUAAUAAACAAUGAAAUUUUGGCUUAAGAUCUGUACCUCUGGUAAGGUUUUAAGGUAAAUUAUCUAAAAAGCCUGAAAAUAAUAAAAUACUUAUUAAAAACUUUUUAUUCAAUAUUUGAACAUAAAUAUUUAAGUUUUAUCUCAUGUGAUUAAAUGAAGCAGUUAUAAGUUUUACUAUUUUUUAAGUUAAAAAAUAAAUGUGUUACUGAUAAUCCUUAUUAUAAUAAAACACAAUCCUAUCUUCAAUAUUGUGAUAGAAAACAAUUUUUAUUUUUUCAUCCCCCUCCCCCAUGUAACAAUAAAUAAUAAAUACCAUGCAAAUAAUACUAAUAAUUCUAUUAUAACAAGCACAUAUUUUCAUGUGUGUGUUUUAAAAAGAAAAUCCUAGAUUUUCUUGUCUUAUGUGUGUAUCUGAUUCUGUGCGCUUUAGGUUUAACCGUAUGUGCUCCUUGUCCUGUGUGUGUGCUAGAACUAGGUUUAAACCUUGUUUUGCCUGGUCCUGUGUUAGGUUUAAACCUUGGUUUACUAGGUCUUGUGUGAGCUAGGUUUAAACCUAGGUGCUCCUGACACUGUAUGUGUGCUAGGUUUAAACCUUGGUGUGCCAUUGUAUUGACACCAUUGUGUUUGUGUGUGUGCUAGGUUUAAUCCUUGGUGUGCCUUUGUGUUGACACCAUUGUGUUUGUGUGUGCUAAUUCUCACCACUGUUCCUGUGUUUCACAUGACCAACUUUUAAGUAUUAAAAAAUGUACCUGUAUUGGGAAAGGCUGGGACUUUCCCCUUGUAUACACCUCUGAUUGUACAUUUGUAAUUGCAAGUUUUAUAAUUUUUACUUUGGUUUUAUUUCCACUCGUGGUACUUCCCUUGUUAAUUACAUCUAGCUUUUAAUGCAAUGAUUGAAAUGAAACUUAAAAUGCACUUAAAAAGCUUUUUUUAGCCACAUUUUACUGCUUUUACACAUGAAAAUAAAUCACUAUUUUUUAUAGUGGAAUUUUUAAUGUCCAAUUUAUUUGUUUAAUGUUACUGUAGUUGUUUAUGUUAUGGUGCUAGUAUUUUAUUUAAUCCUUUUAAAUUUUUGUUUUUAUUCCCGUUUAUCCAGCAAGCAAUUUUAUUUGCUGGAAGUUUUUAUUUUCAGCAUUCUAUUAUUUCAGUAUUUUAUGUUAAUCCUUUUAAAAAUUAAAAAAAAAAAAAAUAUAAAAUAUAAACUAAACUGACCAUUUUCAAAUGUUUACAAUUUUUAUUUUAAAACAAUUUGUAAAUGUAAGUUUUCUCAUACUUUAUAUAUUAAAAAAAUCUUCAAAAUGUAGAUAGUUUUAGUUUGGCCUAAGUUUUUGAGCAGCAUAUUGCCCCUAGUAAUCCUCAUCACUAUUUAACAAUCCUCUCAUUGUACAUCUGAGUCCAGUUUUAACAAUCCUUUCAUUGUACAUCUGAGUCCAGUUUUAACAAUCCUUUCAGUGUACAUCGGAGUCAAGUUUGAACACAUUGAAUAUACUCUGGCAGCUGAUACAAAAUUGUGUCUGUUACAUGGAUUUAGUUUAGUCAACACCUAGAAAUUUUAUUCGUGUUUCAAGCUCUAGUCUUGCUUUUGCUGAUGGCUUUACAACAAAUAGUAACAAGUCUUCUGUUAUAUUUAUUUUCAGUUUAAUAUUCUACAAAAUUCUUACAAUUAAAAUGUGUUGUUGAUGUAAACUAAAAAUUGUCAUAGCUUUAAAAUUUCGUCAGCAAUUUAUGCUCACACUUAGUUCAUUCCACCUGUAUGUACACUUUUGCCAUCCAUGUAUUUUAGCUGUACUAUUUAUUUUAGCUGUUUUAUGAGUCUGUAUUUUAAUAAAAAACGUUCUGUGAAUUUUGUGGACAGUGUUGUCUAUCAAGUGACAAUGAACUCUUAACACACCAUUACAUAGAUGUUAUGGCUACAUUCUAUUAUCAGCAUAAUUUUUCCAUUUGUUAUAUUUAUAAUUGUUGUUCCUCAAAUUCUUGUAAUGAAAAAAUCCACUUUAAUGAUCUAACAAAACAAGUGUAUUGUAUAGUUAUUUUUGUACAAUUUGUGGAUUAGAAUAAAGUAUGUAAUGAUUUUACUUUUACUU